AUUGGCAAGACGCCCUCUCGCAACGAAAUUUGUACAAUAAAGCUACCCAAACGUAAACAUUAAAAACAUGAUUGUCAUAACGAAGCAAAAUAGAUUUUGCCUGAAUAUCUAUAAUAUUUACGAUAAAAUCUACAGCUGGCCAAGGACUUAAUUGUGGGAGGAUAUAUAUUGUGGAAUUCGAUGAUUUUGACCAACGAAUUUUGUCAACUGAUUUCGACUCUAACUUUGUUAGAAAGCUGCGAGAAGAGGCCGACAAGGCAGAGUGAGACGAUCGGAACCGCUGCGGCCGGGGCAGGGCAUGCAGGGAGCUCCGCUCUGGAUUGAAACUACCUCAGGCUCAAGUGAGGUUCGUGUAGGCUCCACUUCACUAGUAGAGUCUAGACACUACCGCUACAACUUGCUCCACUCCACCUACCCGAACCUCACGUUGGUGAACUCGCUCUGAUACCUGAUAUUUCGAGUGAUAAAGGUAAAGGAUUUGUGUCUUGGAGACAUUAUCAUCAUGACGUCGAGUCCACAGUACGUUCGCGUAUCGCUUAUAGGGCAGGCAAAAUACCUGCGUCAGUUUAAGAUAACCUCCAUCAUUCAUCUAACCAGUGGUAUAGCCUUGGUGAUCCUUGGAAUUGCUGCUGCAGCCACCAGAGCCAUGUGGUCUUUCUACGCAGCACCAAUAUGGUGCGGUAUUCUGUUUUUCAUCGUUCCUGGAAUCGUUGGCCUGUGUGCCGCCCAACAGAGAAAGCAUCACUUGACGGCUGCUUACAUAGGACUGUCGGCGACGUGUAGCCUGAUCUCAUUUGGUCUCUUUUUCUUGUACUGCUUUAUCAUUUCGAUUGAGAGAACACUCGGACACAGCUUUUACACGUACUGCAAUCCCCUUUAUUUCCUGGAGUUCGACUGCCCCUCAUCUGUAGCUGGUAGAAUGGUGAUCGAGGUUCUGAUAGCACUCAUUUCUUUGAUGACGUUCUUCGCGUCCAUUUUUGGAACGUUGUUCGGAAGUUGCUUCAACUGCACAUGCUGCGCCACCUGUGUCAAGGAGUGUUACAGCGACGCCCCACAGUGCUGCCAGUGUUGCUCGUGUUGUGGGCAACAAUCAAAUGAGGUAUCGGCUGAAAGUUUUACUACCAUUACAGCAGAUGGUUCUAUGCGACUAGAAGUUUCAUCCAGUGGGCCCAAACCAGAAGCCUUGAAUCAGCCAACCAAGCCUUCAUCUGGCAAUGAAGCGGUGUGAUUCCUCUGUCGGAUCUUGAGAGCUUUUCACAAAACGUUUUGGUCCAUGAUUUACACCAAGCUACUACAACUCCUUGCAUCUGAUUGGCUGAGACCAAGUUAGUCAGUGAAAACCUCUGAAAAUUUUGAAACGUGAAAUACUCCCCUUGUGCGAGUGAUGCAUAACAAAAUUUCAGCUCCUGGGGAGUGUUUCAUCAACAUUUUUUGUCCAUUAAGUCGUAAGCUCUGAAAUUUUUCUUUGAUUUAGAUUGACUGAGAAGCACUGUUGCUAAGGCAACUGUUUGAUUAAACUGGGGAGCGUUUCAUCAACAUUUUCCAUCCAGGUUGUAAGCUCUGAAAACUUUCCUUGAUUUUGAUUGGCUGAGAAGUUCUGUUACUAUGGCAACUGUUGGAUAAAACAGGACUUGUCGGAUAAAACACUGACAUGUUCUUUCAUGGAAUGCUCCCCCGUUUGCGGAGGGUACCUACAGUAUAUAAAGGUUCAGAAAUACUGAGUGAAUAUUGAAAUUGUGCUCAUACCUCAUUACCAAAUGGAAACAUAUUUAAAUGUUAUUUGAAUGUUAGUCCCAUAGUUAUGGAUCCAAAACCUAAGUUCAUGUUUGGAGCACUUUUUGGGACAUGAAAUGCGACUUGUGGACACUGCCAAAUUUGUCUUAUUCACAUCCUUCGCAAAAUGUUUGUUAGCCCCAUAAAAACCGCACGUUUAGGUCACCAGGGGUUAUCAAAGGUCACAUGUGUGUCCAAGAAGGUUAAGUGUAUCUGUUAUGUACAUCACAUAUAUUCACUUAGUAAACAUACAUCAAAACUGCCUGACACACAUAUAUAUAUUCACAUAUAUAUUUUUUAUCUGUUAUAUACAUCGCAUAUAUUCCCUUAAUAAACAUUCAUUAAGCUGCCUGGCAUAUAAAUAUGCAUACAUGUCCAUUGUAUUUUUAGGAAAAAAUUCAGGAGUUUUUUAAAGGUCUCAAGGAUUUAGUGGAAGUCAUAUGACUGGUCAAGCAGCUAAGAAGGUUAAGUGUAUCUGUUAUGUACAUCGCAUAUAUUCACUUAUUAAAACAUACAUCAAAGCUGCCUAACAUAUAGAUUUACACAUGUUUAUUAUAAGUACUCAGUAUCAGUAGAAUAUAUUUUUAAGAGGCAAUUCAAGAAUUUUUAAAGGUCUCAGGUUUUAGUGGAAGUCAAAUGACUGGUCAAGCAUAAAGCAGGGUGCUACAUAACUUUUUAGAAGCACUUGCCCAGUCAGGCUAGUAAAUUUUUAGACGGUUGAAAUAUACUUGCCCAAAAAUCUAUUUCACUUGCCUGAAAAAAAUCAUUGAAAAAAGUUGUACCUCUUCAAAAGAAAGUUUUGCGGUUUUAUAAACCAUUGACAUUUUUCUCUCUUUUGACAUGGACUGAUCUACUCUGCUAUUGUAUUUCUGUUUCCAAAUUCAGUUUUAUCUUGCCCGCCAUGAUCAAAAUUAGGGUCAAUAUAUCAUAUUGACCCUAAUUUUGGUAAUUCUCCUGUGAGAAUUUUGCUUGCCCAAUUCGGGCAAGUAGUUUUGGUCUUUACUUCAAAACACUUGCCUGACUCUAACUUUCACUUGCCCCGGGCAAUCGGGCAAGUGCUUAUGUUUUCUACAUUGCAUAUAUUCACUAAAUAAAUAUACAUUAAGCUGCCUGGCAUAUAAUUAUGCAUGUCUAUUGUAUUUUUAAGAAACAAUUCAGGAUUUUUUAAAAGGUCUCAAGGUUUUAGUGGAAGUCAUAUGACUGGUCAAGCAGAUAAGAUGGUUCAGCGUUUAUGUUAUGUACAUAGCAUAUAUUCACUUAAUAAACAUACAUUAAGCUGCCUGGCAUAUAAUUAUGCAUAUGUCUAUUGUAUGUACUAAAUAGAAUAUUUUUAAGAAACAAUUCAGGAAUUUUUUAAAGGUCUCAAGGUUUUAGUGGAAGUAUAUGACUGGUCAAGCAGAUAUUAAGGUUAAGUGUUUCUAUUAUGUACAUUGCAUAUAUUCACUUAAUAAACAGACAUUAAGCUGCCUGGCAUAUAAUUAUGCAUAUGUAACAAUUCAGGAAUUAUUUAAAGGUCUGAAGGUUUUAGUGGAAGUCAUUUGACUGGUCGAGCAGAUAAGAAGGUUGGUUAAGUGUUUCCGUUGUGUACAUUGCAUAUAUUCAGGUAAUAAACAUACAUCUAGCUGCCUGGCAUAUAAUUAUGCACGUGUCUAUUCUAAGUACUUAGUAGAGUAUUUUUUACAGAAAAUUCAGUAAUUUCUUAAGGUCACUAUGUUUUAUCAGGGGUCAUAUGACUGCUCAAGCGGAAGACAAGAUUAAGUGUUUCUGUUAUGUACAUUUCACUUAGUAAACAUACGCAUAUGCUGCCCGACAUAUACAUGCAUGUCUAUUGUUAUAAAAAGUAUAAUUCGGACAUUUCUCGAAAGAGAAAUAAUUUCUAGCCAUUCUGUCUGGCUGAAAUGUCACUGCUUUAAAUUGUAAAAGAAUUUUAUGUAAACAGGUCAUUAAUUGGGUGCAUUUACAUGUAUGAAGAAAUAUAUUUUGCACCAUUCAUAUUUUAUGUGAUAUAUAUUUUUUUACAAAGAUAUUCUGGCGAUUUGGUGAAAUGAUGAGGUAUUGGAUUGAUUAAACAAAUAUAUAUUGUCAUUUCAACAGUAACUUUGAACUUACUGAAGAAGCUAAACAAUAUGGAUACUUGUUUUUAUCUACAUGUACAUUUAUUAAUGAAUGCAGACUUUGUAUAAAUCCUUAUUAUUGUAUUCAUAAACUUGUAUGAAAACUGACCAACAAGUAGAUCACUGCAGCUCAAGUGCAAUUUUUUUUAAAUGGUGUGUUUUAAUAACUAUGUAGCAUUUCAUAAUUUGAUGUUGUUUUUAUCACAUAAAUAUUUUUUAAAGA